GAUCAUUCAGUUUGAAACAAUCAAUGGUUGAGCACUGGCUGAACCGUUUUAGUUAUUCGAUUAGUGUUUUAUAAUAAUUUUUAUAUGCAGGCAUUUAGACAUCUAAAGCAAUUUAUAAAUUUUAAAAUUUAUAUUUUUAUAUUGAAUAAUAUUUGUGUUUUUUGUGAGUGUUGAUAAAAUCUGUCACGAUGGUGCUAGGAAAAAAUCAUUAUGCAGCUUCGGCUCAAACAGUACCAUGUGGCAACGAAUCGCCCGAUUACCAUUCUUUUGCGGCAAGUUUCGAUCUUUCGCUCCUGCCCAGCGAAGAAUACGCGGACGGCGAGGUACCUUGCUCGCCGCGCUUUCGGCAACCGCAAUUCAACCGCGAAUUCUACGAUAGCGCUACAGCAGCAAACGCUACGGCCGCCGAUGUCAAGAAGAUCGAGGCCGAUGUUUACAGCGGCUACGAGUUCGACACACCACCACGUUCGGAGUACGGUGACAACGAAUUUGUGCCGGUUACAAUUCUACGUUAUGCGCCCACAAAUACCGAAUCAGCUUCGGUUAUGUCGCCGCCCUUACUCCCGCCCUCGCCUUUGAGUUCCUGCUCCAGUGCACCUGCUUCACCAGCUUGUUCUUCGCCUGCAAAUUCGGCCAUUAUGUCUCCUGAUCUUUCUCUUGUAAAAAUGGAAUCAAAUGCAUACGACGCACGGGAUCAUGAGACGCUACGAGGGGCGCUUGAAGAUACAUCUUUCCAACGAAGAUUGAAUUUGCGCCCACUGUCGUUGGAAGCGUUGUGGCCUUCGACAGGCAAACAAGAUCGUGACGAAAUUGCACAAGAAGAAUUAGAUGGAAACAUGGAUUUUUUACACAUGGAUCUCGAUUUUGAUGGAUUGGAGCAAUUAGACGUUGAGGAAGAUUUACGCCCAGUUUUGUCAAUGGCUUUGGAGCAGGUUAAGAAGGAUGUCAUGGCCACUUGCUCUCUGCUCAAUAUUUCUCCAGAUCCAUGUGCUUGGAGCGUGGAGCAAUCUCGAUCGUGGUUAAAAUGGACUGCAGCGCAAUUUUCCCUUCCUGCUCCUUGUGAAUCAAAUUUCAAUGAGGAUGGAUCGGCUCUAACUCAAUUGCCAGAACACGUAUUCGUAGCCAGAGAACCUCAGUCGGGUAGUAUACUGUAUGCCCAACUUGAGAUAUGGAAAGCAGCCAGAUUGGAACAAUGUUUGCAGUGCGGAUCUGAAGCCGAAGAUGAGGAACCUCCAUCCCUAACAAUGCCCUGUGAUACUGACGACGUUUUGGACACAGCGAACUUUCUGGUAGGUCUGCACCCUCGCCUGCACCUUCUACCAACGGAAACGGUACCGGUACUCAAAGACAAGUUUUAA